UUUCAGACUUUAAAUAAGUGUUGAAGAUGUAUAAAUAAACUAUUACAUUUUACGAAUAGGUCGAGGAAAGAGCCACAUCAUGAGAAAUCUUAUUCUUCUUAUAUUCGCUUUUCACAUUGAUGAAUUAGUCAAUGGAAAAAUACCAAUGUGUAUUUUAAAUACAACCCGAUGCAAACAUCUAAAGCAGAAGGAUGUGGAGGGGACGGAAGACAUUUGCCUGAAGUACGAUGAAUUCCUUAAAUGCGUUUUUUUAGGUGUCGACUACUGUCAUGACUAUUAUAGAUUUUUCCAUUCAUGUGCCCGAAAGAUACUAAUCGAGCAAGAGAGAAGACUUAAGGAAAGGCUCAGAAAUGGUUCCAGUUCCCAAAAUAAGAUGUUGUUCACAGCAGCAGCCGUUACUGCAUUUGUGGGAACAUUAUUAAUGCAUAACUAAGUAAAUUGAAUGCUACCACGAUAAUAUUAUCGUUGAUUCUGAAAAUUUGGACGAUGCGCCAGUUAUGCUUUCUUGAAAUAUGUCAUUCACGAAAGAAUGUGUUAAAACAAUUAAAUAUAUAUAUAUUUUUAACUUACUUCUAAUAAAGCCUCGAACGUUCAAAA